GCUCCCCUUGCCUACUCCCACGCGGCCGCGGCCACCACACGGUCCGCCGCCGUCGUCCCGCUCACCCCUCCAACACAUGGCGCCGCCGCAGCAGCUGGUGCUCGCGGCCUCCUCCGCCGACGCCGGCGUGGCCGCGUGGGACCUCCGCACGGGCGCCGAGGCCAUCCGCCACCGCACCUGCGCCUCCCGUCCGCGCUCCCUCGCGGUCGUCGCCGACCGCUUCCUCGCCGCCGCCCAGGCCCCCGCCGGCAACUCGGCCCCCAUCCACUACUACCACUGGGACAAGCCUCAGGUGGCCGUCAAGAGCUUCCCCGUCGAGCCGAUACGCGCGCUCAUUGCUGACCCAGAGGGGAGCUACCUCAUCGGCGGUGGGGUAUCCGGCGACAUAUUCUUUUGGGAGGUGGCUAGUGGGGAGUUGCUUGUCCAGUGGCAUGCACAUUAUCGUGCUGUUAGGUGCCUUGCGCUCUAUGACUUUUUGCUUGUCUCGGGGUCUGAAGAUGGUAGCAUCAAAGUUUGGGAUCUCCUCACGAUGCUUGACGAACAAUCAAGAUUAGAGGCAAAGACACAACACAUAUAUAGCCUUAACCAGCAUGCACUGCCUGUAACUGAUGUUGCUUGCUUUCAUGGAGCAAAUGCUGUAUCAUCUUCAGAGGAUCGCACCUGUAAAAUUUGGAGUCUAUCUGAGGGUAGGAUGCUAAGAAGCAUUUUAUUUCCUGCUAUUAUCGAUUCUAUUGCGUUAGACCCAAGAAGUCAUAUUUUCUAUGCUGGUGGUAGAGAUGGAAAGAUAUAUGUUACUGCUAUGGGAGUUGAGGUCACCUCUCCUAGUAGUGAUGAUUCAUCUAUUAUUGGGGCUUUGGAUGACCACAGCAAGGCAGUAACCAGCUUAGCAUCGAGCACUGAUGGACUUGUAUUGAUCUCUGGAUCUGAGGAUGGUAAUGUUCGAGUUUGGGAUACAAGAAGUCAGCAAGUAAUCCGAAAGUUCAAACAUUCCCAAGGUCCAGUGACAAAUGUUCUCUUAGUAACGCCAAAACGAGUAAAUCUUCCAUCGCUACAGUCACUACGUAAAGUUAGCUCAGCAAAUGGAGAAUCUGAAUCACGGGCUGUAAUUGUGCCCCAGCCUGAAAAUGAUGUCCACAUUGCUGGAAACUCCAGUUCCAACUUUCUGGAGUGCUGCCUGGAUGCACUUCAGCCUGGUGGUUCGUCUAGAUUGUUUGAAUCUGGGGCCAGUACUCUUUGUGGUGCACCAAACCAACAGGGUGUAGAAUGGAGGAGUAAAUACUUGGAAUUACAGGACCUCUUUGUGCGUGAGGUUCUUGAUCAGAUGCCGUCUUCAAAGAAUACAUAACAUUAUGCAAUGGGCUAUUAUGGUGAUUGCUUCCAAUUGAGGUGAGAGGAACUCGUGCAGGAAAUCAUGACCAGUUUUAGUCAACAUAUGAGUUGGUUGAGUGUAACAUCAAAUUUGGCAACGGUGGAAGGGUGAGCAGGGGACUAUGCCUCCCCAAUGACUCCAUGAGUCCAUUGGAACUACUACUGUAGCUUCAGCAAAUUUUAAACUGACUUAUCACUACCGACCUCAGCUCCUCACAAAAGAUAAUUUUUAUUGUUUCUCUGGCUCCACUGAAAUUUUGCAGGUACUUUGUAUUCUGGCUUGUGUUAACAUGUGUCAAAAAAACAUCUGAAACUAGAUACCCUGUUGCCACGGGAUUUACAGCUGUUAAAUAGAGAAGAUCGUACUCUGCCUUGCUAUUUCCAAGUAUAAACACAGUAGCAGACGGACGUAGGCUCUGUUUUGUUCACUAAAAGAAAAUUUUUGAAUGUCAUAUCGGAUAUUUAACUGGAUACUGGAA